AUAAAAAUAAGAAGAGAUGGAUUCAAAAAAAUUAAGUAAAAUAAUAGAGUUAAUUUUCUUAUCGAUUGCAGUAAAAUAUUAAUGAAUAAUAUAAGUGGUUAUCAGUGCUAGCUUGUUUGAUUAGAACAGAUUUUAAUUUUCCAUUUGCUUUCUUUUGUUAUUAUUUAUGGAUAUCAAGAGAUGAUAAAGCUAAUUCUUUAAUGGUAAUGAUAAAUUGAUAUAUUUAUAGUUAAUGGUAUUGAAUGGAAUCUUAAUUUUGGUUGAUUUAAUUUGGUUAUUGUCAGUUGGAUCAAUUUGGACUGCUACAGAAAAAAAUAAUCCAGUUUGGGGAAAAUUACAUGGUCUUCAUGUAUUUGUAAUAUUUAUUAGUAUUGUAAAUGCUUUAUUAAAAGUAUAAUAAUAGAUUAUUUAAUGAUUAGGUUGGAGCAAUUGUAGCAAUAAAUUCUUAUAGAGGAAAUUAAUAAUAAGUUGGUAAUUAAUAAAAUAAUAAUAUAAGCUGGUCCAGUUGGAAGUUAGAAUCCAUAAUAAAGCGGAUUUAAUGAUAUGUCUUAAAAUAGAUAAUAACCAUAUGCAUAAUUUUGA